GCAGACAGACAAUCCCAGUAUCAACGGCUUACUGGCAGCGCAAUCUGUUUGCCUGGUCCCUUGAGAGCAGUUUAUUCCUCCUCCGGGAAUUUCCUUGGCCCCAUUUGCAGGAAUGGAGUCCAAUACAUGCACUGCGGGCCAGGCACCUGGACAGCCUCCAAAGGGAAGUAUCUCAAGAGUCCAGACUUCACCAAGGAAGCAAUCGGAAUUGCUCCUGAGGCAGCGGAGAAAGAUCAGCCAUGCGUGUGUUAAAGGCAAGGGACAGCUCAAGCUCUCCAUCAAUGUGCAAGGCAGGGACCUUAUGCUGUACGUUAUGGAAGCCAAAGGCCUGAUGGGGAAAGAAUACCGGAUUUGCGACUCCUUUGUCAAGAUGUCUAUCGUACCGGACACGGAUCGGAGGUGCAGGCAAAAGACCAAGACUGUUCCAGACAAUAAAAAUCCGGUCUUCCACGAGCACUUUCUCUUCCCUUUGCAAGAGGAAGAUGAGAGAAAGCGUCUGCUGAUCACAGCUUGGAAUCAACCGAGGAAUUCCAGGCAAAGCGAACUUAUUGGCUGCAUGAGCUUUGGCGUGAAGACCCUGCUGAGCCCAGACAAGGAAAUCAGCGGCUGGUACUACCUGCUGGGGGAAGACCUGGGCAGGACAAAACACCUGAAGGUGGCUGCCCGACGGCUGAAGCAGAGUGGAGAGCUGAUGUUGGCCCAGCCAGCCCCGUUGCUGGAAAGCCAGCAGAGUGAGAACACAGAGCAGCUCAAGAUUUCGAUCCCACGAGGAAAGAAUGGCUUCGGGUUCACCAUCUGCUGUGACUCACCUGUCAGGGUGCAGGCUGUGGACUCUGGUGGUCCUGCAGAGAAGGCCGGCUUGCAGCAACUAGACACUGUCCUUCAACUCAAUGAGCAACCUGUUGAGCACUGGAAAUGUGUGGAGCUGGCGCAUGAGAUCCGGAACUGUUCGCAGGAGAUCACACUGCUGGUCUGGCGCAUCGUCCCUCGGGUCAAACCUGGCCUAGAAGCCGUCAUUCGCCGCUCCUCCUGCAAAUCUACGUAUGACUUGCAGUCCCCGCCCAACAAACGGGAGAAGAACAGCUUGCUACGGCCGUGUCUCCCUGAGCACCGCCAGAGCUGCCACGUCGUGUACGACGGGAACGAGGGGCUGGUGCUGAACGGCUGGGAGCGCUACACGGAGCUUGGGAAGGCCACCCAGCGUACUAUGCCCCCGCUCUCCCGACCCCCCUCUACUGGUGGGGACAAGAACUACAUCAUUUUGGCACCCCUUAACCCAGGAAGCCAGCUUCUGAGGCCCGUCUACCAGGAGGGCAAAGCCCCUGGAGGCAAUGCAUGUAAAGGAGGGUCUCAUGGCAAGAAAUCCCGGCUCAUGAAGACUGUGCAGACCAUCAAGGGCCAUGGCACCCACUCCCAGAACUGCACUCUGAUGAGGCCCAACAUCGCUCACUCCAGUUACGGCACAUACGUGACCCUGGCUCCCAAAGUGCUGGUCUUCCCCAUCUUUGUGCAGCCUCUUGACCUUUGCAAUCCAGCCCGAACGCUGCUUUUGUCGGAAGAGCUGCUGCUUCAUGAAACCAGAAACAAACCUACAAAGGUGACGCUCUUCAUCUACUCGGACUUGCUGCUGUUCACCAAAGAAGAUGAACCAGGCCGCUGUAAUGUCCUCCGGAACCCGCUUUACCUGCAGGAUGUCAGACUGCAAGAGGAUUCCCCUGAGGAUCUAAAGUUCUGCAUCCUCUACCUGGCUGAGAAGUUGGAGUGCCUGCUGAGCUUGGAGGCUCACUCCCAUGAGCAGAAGAAGAGAGUCUGCUGGUGCCUGGCUGAUAAUAUCUCGAAGCAGCAAAUGACGACCCCAACAGCCCCUCCCGCGGAGAGCAAGAUGUUUGAGCCGGAAUCAGAGAAACCAGGAGCCAUGCCCUCUGUGGGGGAAGACACGACCCACCCUGUUGCCCACCCCUUGAAAGGGGACUCGGCAGAGGGAACACCAGAGGAGAUGGUGAAAGAGGUCCAGGACGCCCCUAUGGAAAGGGACAAGGAGACAAACCUCGUGGAGCCCCAAGAGGAGGCAGAGCCCUGCAGUCGCCCUGCAGUCUUUGCAAUCCCUAAGUUGCAACUGGACUGCACCUUCAGCCAGGGCAUGGAGGGCAUCGCCACUUUGGAACUUGUAAGCUCAGAGGAUCAGGAUGAAGAAGGAGAAGAGGAGGAGGAAGAAGAGGAGGAGGACGACGACGAAGAAGAAGAGGAAAACGAUGAGGCCUACUUGUGCAGGAGUGACGCUAAGCGCUCCAGCAUGAUCGACACCUUGGAGUGUGAGACGGCCUGCCGCCUCAGCGUGCAGAAUUCCCUGCGCCGCCGCACCCACAGCGAAGGCAGCCUCCUCAACGAGCCCCGGGGCAGCCACUGCUUCAGCUCCGACACCAGCCUGAAUUACGCCGAGGGGCAGAGCCCCACUGCCGGCUGGACGCUGCCGUCCCCCAAGACGCUCAAAAAAGAACUCACGGAGUAUGGGAGCUCCAUUCACCAGUUUGGCCUGCUCUUUGCUGGACACCGGAAGCAGCAGCACAUGCUGGACCCUGGUUGUGUCUGUACUCGAGAAGCCAUGGCUGCCUGCAAAAGGAUGAACAUGAACCUGGCCAAAGAUAUGAAGAACCGUUUGGGGAUCUUCCGACGGCGGAACGAAUCACCCGGAGGACACCCCCCAAGCAAACUGGACAAAGUCCCAAAGUCUCUGAAGCCAACGCUGGAAGAAGCCCUCAAAUGGGGAGAAUCCUUGGAAAAGCUGCUUCAACAUAAAUAUGGUCUGGCGGCCUUCCGCGCCUUCUUGCGCACUGAGUUUAGCGAGGAGAAUCUGGAGUUCUGGCUGGCAUGUGAGGACUACAAGAAGAUCAAAUCCCAGUCCAAGAUGGCCUCAAAAGCCAAGAAGAUCUUUGCGGAAUACAUUGCUAUCCAGUCUUGCAAAGAAGUUAACCUAGACUCUUAUACUCGGGAGCACACCAAAGAAAACAUGCAAAACAUUACCCGGAGCAGUUUCGACCUUGCCCAGAGACGCAUCUACGGGCUGAUGGAGAAGGACUCAUACCCCCGUUUCCUACGUUCAGAGCUGUACUUGGACCUCAUUAACCAGAAGAAGCCCACCCCUGUGUUGUAGA